AUGACUUCUUUGUUAUUUUGGAAUUGUAGAGGAGCCAAGAAAGUAGAGGCUGUUCUAUAUCUUAAGGAGGUGAUCAAGGAUCAUAGGGUUUUCUUUGUGGGAUUGUUGGAAACAAAGAUUAGUUCUCUGGAUAAUAGUCAAAUUCUGAAGUUUCUGGGUAAUGAUUGGGAAUCUUUUGUGAUUCCUGCUGUUGGCCUUUCGGGUGGUUUGAUGGUGUUAUGGAGAAAAGAUAUAGCAGCUUUCUCUAUUAUUGAAACUUCCUCUCAGAUGAUAGUGGGGAAAAUGGAGGUUCUUCGCGAGGGUAGUUGGAUAGUAGCUUCUGUUUAUGGUAGUACUGAUGCUCAGGAGAGGAAGAUACUUUGGGAUGGCCUUGAGAGACAUUGUUCAGGUGAUCUACUAAUGGUAGUGGGAGGUGACUUCAACUGUGUGCUUUCCCAAGCUGAGAAAAGAGGAGGGAAGAACUUUAGCAUGAAUCAAGGUUCUAAGGAUUUAAAUAGCUUCAUGAUUAAUAAUGAUCUUCAUGAGGUUAGAUCGAUGGGGCCAAGAUUCACUUGGUGCAAUAAUAAAUCUGGAAGUGCUCGAAUCUUGGAGAAGUUAGACAUAUGUCUUAUUAAUUUCACGGCUUUAAACAUCAUUCAUCUUGCUUUAGUAAAACACUUGCCUCGUAUUGCCUCGGACCAUUGUCCUAUUCUUUUGAAAAUCUUCAAACCUUUUGAGUUUUACAACAGAGAUAUCCGGUAUGAAGAGGUAUGGGCUUCUUAUCAUGGAGCAGCAGCCUUAGUGAAGAAAAUAUGGAUGAAAAACUGCAUGGGGGACCCGGCUUCAUCUCUUAAUUUAAAGUUCAAUAGAACUUUAAGAACCCUCUUCUUCUGGAGUAAGGUUAAAUUCAAGAAUCUGAACUUGUUGCAGAACAAGUUGAAGAAUGAUAUUUUGGAAAUCCAACUGGAGGAGUCUGAAGGUUGGAUAUCUUUUGAUAGAUUGCAGCUAUUGAGAUUCAAAAUCAAUGAAAUCAAUAUUACAUUGGCACGGCUCAACACUUGGUGGAAACAAAGGGAUAAAGAAAACUGGAUGGACGAAGCUGAUUGUAAUUCAUCAUUUUUUCAUGCAUUUGCGAAUGUCAGAAGGAAUAAUAAUUAUAUUAGUCAUAUCAUGACCAUAGAUGGUAUUGUAACGGAGGAUAGAGCUGUAAUCCAGAGAACUUUCUCAUAA